UGUGUUUUUGUUUCUUAGAUCUUGAAAUGGCUCAAAGCAUGACAAAAUUAUGUACAAUUCUGCGUGUGUUCUUAUAUAUUAUUACCAUUAUGGAAAGUGGUAUAGUCGUAAUUAUUGAGGGGAAAGAGCAGCAAGUACUGCCCUGUUUGUUUUUCAUGGGAGAUUCUCUCACUGAUAAUGGCAACAACAACUUUCUCUUCACGAUCGCAAAGUCUAAUUAUUUCCCUUACGGGAUUGAUUAUCCCGACGGCGCAACCGGCAGAUUCAGCAAUGCCCGAAAUGUCCCUGAUUUCCUUGCUGAAUUCCUGGGUUUUGAGAAACCUAUCCCACCCUUUGCAACUGCAAAUCAUACGGACAUUCUCAGAGGUCUGAAUUAUGGGUCAGGUGGAGCUGGAAUCCUCGACCGGACUGGAGCACAAUUGGGCGAUGAAAUCAGCUUGAACAGGCAGCUGCAGAAUCAUGGAGGCACGGUUUCUACAACCACGCUUUUGCUUGGAUUCAAUGCUACUCGAGCCAGAGAGCAUCUGAACAAGUGCCUCUACAUUGUUAACAUGGGAAGUAACGAUUACAUCAACAACUACUUGAUGCCGCACGUUUACCCAACAAGUAGGCUUCACACACCGGAUCAGUUUGCAGAAAUCUUGAUCCAACAAUACUCUCAACAACUAAGGACGUUGCACGGGUAUGGAGCAAGAAAAAUAGCGAUAUUUGGGUUGGGUAUGCUGGGCUGCAUACCUGAAUACGCCAAUGGAACUGCUUGUGUCGACUCCAUUAAUAGCGUCGUCCGCCCAUUCAAUAGCAGGUUGAGGCCACUCGUAGACACCCUUAAUACCGACCUACCCGAUGCCCAAUUUAUCUUGAUUGACACCAGCAGCAUUUCUGCAGGAAUAGAUCUUUCAGCUUUAGGUAUUAGAGUUAGCAAUGCUCCAUGCUGCCAAGUAAGUGAAUCCGUGGGACUAUGCAUUGCUGGUAAAGUUCCAUGUAGCAACAGAGAUGAGUACAGUUUUUGGGACAAUUUUCAUCCUACAGAAAUUCUGAACCGUGCAGUGGCCCAGAGAGCAUACACCGCAGUGCUACCCUCCGAUGCUUACCCAUUCGAUAUACGUUGUCUUGCUCAACUUUAAAAUUUCUUUGAUUUUCCAUACCCCAUGUUCUCUUCUUGAAAGAAUAUUUGGUGAGAGACGAAUUAGGAAUAAAUAUGUAAUCAGCUGGUUCUAUGUAAUUCGUAUUUACCAACCAAAUGAGAGAUAACACAUUUUUCAUAUGGGUUUAAUUUCAGGAAAAUACUUACUCAAAUCAGGUAUAGUUGAG